AUGUGGUGUCAAAGAUUCCUGCAGCAGGUCAGACCCCUAUCCCGCUGCGCUGCCAGCAGACAGGCGGGGGUCCUGUUUGAUGUGGAUGGGGUUCUGGUUCGGGGGGGUUCUGUGAUUCCGGCGGCUCGGCGAGCAUUCAGGAAACUUUUGGACCGAAACAACAACUUCCUGUUUCCUGUUGUCUUCGUCACCAACGCAGGAAGCUGCCAGAGACACGACAAGGCCCGGCAGCUGUCUCACCUGCUGGAUGUCCAGAUUGACCCGGAGCAGGUGAUGCUGUCCUACAGUCCGCUGCAGAUGUUGAAGAGUUUCCAUCAGAAGUGUGUCCUGGUGUCUGGACAGGGACCGCUCGCUGACAUCAGCACCACGUUGGGUUUCCAGAAUGUUUUGAGCAUCGAGCAGCUCAGAGAACAUCAUCCUCUAUUAGACAUGGUGGAUCAUCACAGGAGGCCCACACUGCCUGCGUCUCCUCUGAAAUCGUUUCCAGAAAUCGAAGCGAUAGUGUUGUUCGGGGAGCCAAUCAGAUGGGAGACCAACCUGCAGCUGCUGAUGGACGUCCUGCUGACCAAUGGGAGACCGGCUUCACCUUAUGACCCGCAGCUGCCGGACCAGCUGCCGGUUCUGGCCUGCAAUAUGGACCUGAUGUGGAUGGCCGAGGCACCAUCACCACGGUUGGGUCAUGGGAUGUUCCUGCUGUGUCUGGAGUCUGUGUUCAGGAAGCUGACGGGUCGGGACCUGCAGUACCAGGCGCUGCUGGGGAAACCCAGUCUGCUCACAUACCAGUACGCUGAGCACCUGCUGAGACUCCAGAACCACAACCAGAACCUGACCACUAUCUACGCAGUGGGUGACAACCUGAUGACGGACGUCUAUGGUGCCAACAUGUACAACCGUUACCUGACUCAGCAGCACGUUGCCAUGGCGACCAGUACCAAGCUGGUUGCCCAGGGGACCGGGAGUCAGGUGACCAUGGCGGUACCAGAGGCUGAGAUGGUGUCUGCUGCUGCUGAGUGUCGCUCCAUCCUGGUGUGCACAGGUAUCUACAACCCUCGCUCCCCGUUACCUAGCAACCAGAGCGGCGAUGUCACAGAGACGGUGUUCCACGGUCACAGGGACCUGGUCCUCGAACCGGACCUGGUGGAACCGAGCCACGUGGUGGAGGACGUGGAAGCCGCCGUGGACCUGCUGCUGCAGCAGGAGUCUCCGUGA